AAUUAUUGUUGCUGAGUUGUUGUCGAAAGUCUGUGAAUUGGAGUGCCGGAGAAUGGUUGACGUCAUCCUGAGAUUUUAGUCUCCUCCUAGUGACAAACCGUGCCAUAACCUCCAACCCGGCGACUGGGUCUGUGUCAGGGAGUUCCGACGGAAAAACGCCCUGAAACCUCGCUGGUCUAAACCUCAACACGUCCUGCUCACCACCAACACCGCCGUCAAGUGUGAGGGGCGUCUAAUCUGGAUCCACGCAUCCCACUGCAAGAAAACAACUCCUCCGCCAUGCACCGGAAACCAGCUGGUACCAUCUUCUUCCUGGGGGUCUUCGUCCUCACCACCGUCGGAGCCAGUGAAAGAAACCACGCAGGCUCGGACAGCCCAGAAGUAGAUGAACUUCAACGACUGGCAGAGGAGCAGGGGAGCAGCGCAGGCCACAGAGGCCCGGAAGCAGAUGCAUUAUACACGCCAAAACACUCACAUCUGUCGCAGGAACAAAACAGACACCCUUGCAAACACCACAAACGAGACCUAACCGUUUACCAGGAGAAAAUAACUCCUAAAAUAUAUGAAACACAACCCUCAACAAACACAUACCUCCAACUGGCAAAAAUGGUUGCUGAAAAUAGCCCACACCCUGAUAACUGUUAUGUGUGUGGGUUCAUUCCACACAGCACAAAAGAAGGACUCCCAUUAAUGACUCUGCCCAUUACUUCAUGUGACACCUGUUACAUUUUGAACCUCAAUUCCUCUUAUGGGCAUUGCAAAUGUCACAAACCCCCCCAAAUGAGACAAAUGUAUUGUGAUAAAAUUCACACUAGCUGUUAUUCCUGCAGCACACCGAUUCCUCUCACCCUCACCAUGAUCCCAAAGACAUUAAAGUGGUGUGUUGAAGGCAAAGGAACUAUCCACCUAGGAAUAUCAAACUGUGACUCCACAUACUCUCCUUCUGAAGAACCGCUUGUUAAGCCUAAAACAAGCCAAAAUCCACUGCCCGAUUCCAUUAAAGAUUAUAACUACCUUGCUACAAUGGUUAAUCGCUGUUCCAUACCUCUACCAAAAGGUGUUUACUGGAUUUGUGGCAUGAAGGCUUACGAAUAUCUUCCAAACGAUUGGUCUGGUAUAUGUGGUCUGGGCCAUGUGGUACCAGCCAUGAGAAUCGUCGCUGUACCACCGAAAGUUCGCAUUGUUAAAAGAGAAUUGUACACUCACACCCAAACACCAUGGACAAGAUUUUUUGGUGCCCUCGUUCCAAAUUACGGAGUCAUGGCAGCUUUGGAUCAGAUAAGGGACCUAUCUCAUGCAGUUGAAGACUUAGCAAAUACCACAGCAAAGGGCAUGUCUAUGCUUUCACAAGAGAUGACUGCUGUAAGGAUGAUGGCCUUGCAAAAUCGUGCUGCAUUGGACUACUUAUUAGCUUCUCAAGGGGGAACUUGUGCUGUGAUUAAAACUGAAUGCUGUACCUUUAUACCUAACCACAAUGCCACCAUCCAAGAAAUAACAGAUCACUUGAAAAACAUUGCUAACACAUUACAUACACCUGUCACGACUAGUUUGUUUGGUUGGUUUAGAGAACAGUUAGGACACGUUGGUUACUUGAUAUUUGAAUUUGCUUUAUUGGGGCUUGUACUCCUAAUUGUUAUUUGGCUUCUGAUUACAUGUCUAAGGUUCACUUGCAAAAUAUGUAUGGCUCAAACUACUACUAAAAUCAUGUACUCCACUGUAAUUCCACCUCUACCGCCAGUGGAGGAGGAAAAUUCAGACUUUCUGUUCAAAAUUGAGAUUGACUCGGUGUGA